CUGAUUUAUUAUGGGGGUAAUUCCUUCCUUAGAAUUCGUGCCUAGUGAUUACAAGAUAAAGUAUCAGGACAGAGACUCUGACUGCAACAAAACUAUUCAUAAAAAUCAAUCAGCGCUGAUCGGCAAGAAGGUUCUCAAAAUGAACUUUAUCAAGGGGAGAACUGAAAUUGUGAAAUUAGACAGAGAAGAUUUGACUGUUGGAUGGCUCCUAGAGGAAUCGAAGGAGUUGUAUGACAGUCUUUACGACGCUGGAAAGCUUGGAGAUCAACCUCGCAGAAAGAUUGUUGGCAUAAAAACCCUCGAAUGACUGCCUUCGAUGGAUUAUUAUCUCACUUUCCCUAAUAACUCUUUGAACCCUAUUAAAGAAACAACUUCUCUUACAGUACAUUUUACAAAACUUGAUGAUGAUGAAUCACCGGAGGUGAAUCAGAGGGUGAACAAGCAGAGUUUCGAUUAUCUCAAGGUGAUAGGUAGUGGAGGCUAUUCCAACGUAGUUUUAGCCAGAAAGAAAGAUACUGGAAAACUAUAUGCAAUUAAAAUCAUAAAGAAGGACAGUACUUUCUUAAAAACCAACAAACGAGUAUAUCUAGCCGAGGUGGACAUCAUGAAAAAGCUAACUGAUAUGCCCUAUAUCGUAGGUUUGCAUUACACUUUUCAAACGGAGAAUGAGCUGUACUUUGCAAUGGAUCCAUGAAUUGGCGGAACCCUAUUUCACUUUAUGACUCACUUUCCUAAGAAGGAUUUAAAUAUAAAUAUAGUGAAAUUUUACCUCGCAGAGAUACUAGUUGCACUGGACUAUAUACAUUCUCAGAAUAUAAUGUAUCGUGACUUAAAGCCAGAAAAUAUCCUAAUUGACAUCGAUGGACACCUAAAGGUAUCAGAUUUUGGUCUGUCUAAACAAAUGCGGAAUAGAGAUGAGACUAGUACUACUUUCUGUGGAUCACCUGAAUAUUUGCCUCCAGAGAUGAUACUCGGAUACGAGCAUUCCAGGACAGUAGAUUUCUAUACUCUAGGAUGUCUUCUAUAUGAAAUGCUAGUUGGAUUCCCACCUUUCCAUUCAAGAGACCCUAAGAAGCUUGAAAAGAGGAUAGUCAGCGGCUCUAUCUGAUUCCCACCGGAAUUAGAUGAGGUAGCAGUUGAUCUCAUCGAGUGGUUACUGUCUAGGUAUCCACUUGAUCGACCCAAGGACUGCUCUGAAAUCAUGGAUCAUGCAUUCUUUGAUGGAAUAGACUGGGAUAGGAUCGCUAAUAAAGAAGCUAUUCCUCCAUGGGUCCCUGACCUGUAUACCUGUCAUGUCCCAAAGGCAUUUCUUAAGAUGCCCAUCAGACAGGUAUUUUUGAAGAAUACUUACAACAAAGAACUUAACAGAACGAGCUACAACAAUAGAAGACAUAUUCAAGAGAAAUUUAGAAAUAGCCUAUAUGUGUACGAUCAACGGUCUAAUCGGGAAGUUAAGAAAUUAGCACAAGAAAUGGGGCAAACAGUCGAAGAGAUGCUGGAGCUUGAAGGAUUCGAAUACAAUAGAGAUUUCCCAAAUUGGGAUGAUCAACAAGAAAUGGAGGAGCUUCUCAAGAAUUCUGAAGAUAAGCUAUCCAUCAGGCACAAGAGUGCCCGUACAAAAUGCUCAGAGUCUUACUUCAUUUCUGAGAAAUUAGUUGAAAGUGAUUGAGACUUGGGUGAUGACUCUGAAGAUGGAGGAGUUCAACCAAUGGGAUCAUACCAUAAGAAGAAAAAGACAUUGUCAAAGCACCUCAGCCAAGCCAACGGAGAACCUUCAAACCUCUUCUUAGGAGUAACUGAUGAGGAUAACAAAAUGGAUACUCUUGAAGAGGAGAAUGAAGAUCUAAAUCAAAAGCUCGAGAACAGCAGAAUGGGUCAAUUAAGGAUAAAGAAGAAUAAACUCACAAAAUCCUUUGAAGUCGAUUAG